AUGAGUGAGGAAUCGUUCAAAUGGGGGACACCAUGCGGAGGAAAUGGAGGGCUGUUUCAACCUAUUUCUCAACCUUUUCGACCGAAUGAACAGCACGGACCAAUGCUUCCUCUUUUAAAUAUGAACCAGGCACCUUCUUCAAGUAAGAAACCUUUGAAUUUUACUUAUUUGUGUUUUACAGAUACACCAAAUACUGGUCAGUUUUAUGCUCCACAGCAAUCACAUCCUCUUUCAUCACUUAUGACACCUAAUUUGCCAAAUAACAAUUCAAUUCCUCUUGGACAUCCACCUCCUUUGCCUUCUUCAGCUCGGUAUUCACUUCCUUCCUUGCAUCAACAGCUGCCAGCACAACCACCUACACAUGACUCACAUCAGUCACAUCAACCACAUACUUCAAAUUCUAUGCCAGUGCCUCAAGAUCGCCCAAACUCUCCAUUAGGUAGCCAGCCUCCUAAUGUGAAUAUCCAGAAUCCAGUUUAUAGACCGUUAAAUGUCAAAGACGCGCUUUCAUAUCUUGAUCAAGUAAAAAUACAGUUUUCUGAACAACCAGAUGUGUACAAUAGGUUUCUUGAUAUUAUGAAGGAUUUUAAGUCUCAAAGUAUUGACACAUUAGGCGUCAUUGAACGAGUUUCUACACUUUUUCGUGGUCAUCCAAAUUUAGUUCAAGGGUUCAAUACAUUUCUUCCACCUGGGUAUAGAGUUGAGUGUUCAUUGGAUCCUUCAGACCCUACUGCUAUUCGUGUUAUUACUCCUUUAGGUACAAUGAUGACACAUUCAGGACUAGGAAGCUCUUUGUCUACCACACAAGAAGGAAUGCGCGAAUCAUGGUCUACAAUACAGGAUAGUAAUAUAUACAAUCAACCAGAUAAUGGGAUUUCUAUGACAGGAAAAAAAGCACCAGUUGAAUUUAAUCAUGCAAUCAAUUAUGUAAAUAAAAUAAAGAAUCGUUUUUCUAAUGAACCUGAUACCUAUAAACGAUUUCUUGAAAUUUUGCAAACUUAUCAAAAAGAACAAAGAUCUAUUCAAGAUGUAUAUGCUGAAGUAACAAUUUUGUUUAAAACAGCACCAGAUCUUCUCGAUGAUUUUAAGCAAUUUCUUCCUGAGAAUAAUGCUUCUAAUAGCAGUUUAUUUGCAGUAGGCCCUAGAUUACCACCUGUAGGAAAUUUCGCACCACCAACUGUUGUUUCGAAUGUUACGUCUAAAGAUAAAAAAAAACGAAUUCAAAGUUCUGAACAAAAUACGCCAGUUGGACAAAACCAAUCAAAACGUUCUAAGCAUUAUCAUAAACCAAGUAUAGAUCUUUCAAAUGUUAGUCCAGCUCUUAUGCCUUCUGUUCCUGAAAUUAUUGAACCUCCUACACAUGCCUCUGCAUCAGCUGAAGAACUAUCGUUUUUUGAUAAAGUUAAAAAAUUUAUUGGAAACAAGCAAACUUAUAACGAAUUUCUUAAAGUUUUAAAUUUAUUUAGUCAGGAUAUUUUAGAUAAAAAUUUGUUGGUUGAGAGGGUCUAUAAUUUUAUUGGUGUAAACGAGGAACUUAUGGACUGGUUUAAGCGUUUCGUUGGCUAUAAUGGAAAAGACGAUGUUAUCGAAAAUAUUCCUGCCCCUCGUCCUAAGGUAGAUCUUAUGCUGUGCAAAGCAUAUGGACCUAGUUAUAGAUUAUUGCCUAAAUCAGAAACAUUAUUACCAUGUUCUGGGCGUGAUGAAAUGUGUUGGGAAGUUUUGAAUGAUGGAUGGGUAAGCCAUCCAACAUGGGCAUCAGAGGAUUCUAGGUUUGUUGCUCACAAAAAAAAUCAGUAUGAAGAAACACUUCAUAAAGUUGAAGAAGAACGUUAUGAUUAUGAUUUAAACAUUGAAGUUAACUUACGUACUAUACAGCUUUUAGAGCCUAUUGCACAACAAAUUUCAAAUAUGUCAAAUGAAGAAAAAAAUUCAUUUCGCCUUCCUCCUGGACUAGGAGGUCAGUCUACAAGCAUAUAUCAAAAAGUUUUAAAAAAAGUAUAUGAUAAGGAGCAAGGUUUAGAAGUUAUUGAUGCAUUGCAUGAAAAUCCAGCAGUAGCAGUUCCUAUCAUUUUAAAAAGAUUAAAACAAAAAGACGAAGAAUGGAAGAGAGCUCAGCGGGAAUGGAAUAAAAUUUGGAGAGAAACUGAAUAUAAAAAUUUUUAUAAAAGUCUUGAUCAUCAAGGAAUAACAUUUAAAUCAAAUGACAAAAAAGCCAUAACAUCUAGAAUUCUAUUAACAGAGAUUGAUACGUUAAGAAAGCAACAGCGAGAGGCAUGCAUAAAUCAUUCUAAGUCAAAAUCAAAAUCUCAAUUUAAAUAUGAAUUUCAAGAUCAAGAUAUAUUAAUAGAUAUCUUGUGUUUACUUUCAAAGCAACUUGAACAUGCACCCGGUGUAUCCAUAAAUGAUAAGGAAAAGCUAGAAAAGUUUCUGAAAUACUUUUUCUCAUUGUUUUUCGAAUUAGACCAAAAAACAGUUGCAAACCGUAUUGAUACAUUUAUAAAUGAAAAUUCAGAAGAAAUCUCAGUCAAUCCUUUAGAAAAACCCUCAUCACAAAUAGAAAAUACACCUAGUAAGAAACGAUCAAAGGAUUCUGAUUUAUUAAAAGAUGUUUUAAAGAAAAAUCGACGAGGACAAGGAAAAGAUAAAAGUGAAACUUUUAUUAAUGGACAAAAUAAAGAUUUUAAUUUGGAAAAUACAUUUAAAAAUAUUUCAAGUGAAAAAAAUGAUUCGAUAAAAAAUGAUAUAAAUAAUUCUAAUAUAUUAGAAUCAGCAGAAAGAGCAACUGAGGUAUGGAUACAACAUAAGAAAGGAGAUUUGACUUCAGAGCCUAUUUCAAACUCUAGUACUCCUUUAAGUCAAACAUCUAAUGUAAAAAAAAAAAGACAUGUUUACAAUUUUUUUACAAAUUCAUCAUUUUAUUGUUUUUAUAGAAUAUUUUAUAUGCUUUAUUCAAGAUUAUUAAAAAUAAAAUCUAUAGAAGACAAAGUUGUGGCUGAAAAUCAAGCCAAAAAACCAAACCCCAUAACAAUAGAGCUAGGACUUCAUGUUAAUCGUUUAUCAGAACUUGAACUUCCUGUUCUCCCAAAUGUUCCGUAUUAUCAACAGCUUCUUGGAUUUUGUCGAAAAUUUAUUCAAAAUGACAUUGAACAAAAUAGUUUUGAAGAUAUUUUGCGAUAUAUGUAUGGAAUUAAUGGGUACCCUUUUUAUACUGUUGAUAAAGUUGUUUCAGCAAUGAUAAAACAUCUACAUUCUAUAAUAACGGAUACCAAAAGUGCUGAAAUAAUUUUUUUAUUUGAAAAAGAUCGCCAAUUAGCUAAAACUACUCCUCGACAGCAAAUUAUUUAUCGCGUACAGGUUGAAUCUAUUCUUGGUCCAGAAGAAUCACUUUAUCGUAUUGAAUGGAACGAUCAAGAAAAGACUUUAAGUAUUCAAUUAAUUGGUAAAGAUGAUCUAACAUUAGAUCAAGCUGUUUCUGCGGAAGAAAAAUGGUCGUAUUAUAUUGAUGCAUUUGUUAUGUCAAGCCCUACAGAAGGUGUUGCAUCUGAACUUGUUAAACCAACAUUUUUGAAAAGAAAUUUACCUCUUGAUGAUGAGGAAGAUGAUGAAAAUGAAGAAGAAGAAGCACAGCGUACAGUAGAUUUAAUUGAUGAAAAUUAUGUUUCUUCUGGCCUAGAAAUCAAAAUUUGUGUUAAUACAUACAAAAUUUUCUUUGUACAAGAGACAGAAGAUUCAUUUGCUCGAAGUGUGAACAAAAGAAGAAUAGAUAAAGAAAAAUAUCUGAAGCUUAAAAAAAAAAGACAAAAUAUCUGGAAAGAAAGACUUAACGGUAAAAAUGGAUGGAGAAUGGGCUUAAAAAAUAAUGAAGAAGCAAAUAAAUUAGAAAUUAAAAUAAAUAAUUGGAUUAAAAAUGGAAUUAUUAACUCGAAAAAUGAAAAUUCCAAAGAAAAUAAAGAGAAAAGUAAAAAUAAUAUUAAAAGUUCAUGUGAAAAUAAUGAAAAUAACUCGGAAAUAAAUCAAAAGUAA